UAAAACUUCAACAAAAAAUAAUAAAAAUUAAAAAAAAUAAAAUUAAGGCAAAAAUCUUGUGACUACCAAAUUUCUACAAUUGAACUAUUUUGAGAGCUAAUCGAGAUAAAGCAGGGACGACUUCAAGAUGUCAGAUCGCAAGGCAGUGAUUAAGAAUGCUGAUAUGAGCGAGGAGAUGCAACAGGACUCGGUCGACUGUGCUACCCAGGCAUUGGAGAAGUACAACAUCGAGAAGGAUAUUGCUGCCUACAUCAAGAAGGAGUUCGACAAGAAGUACAAUCCCACCUGGCACUGCAUCGUGGGUCGCAAUUUCGGUUCCUAUGUGACCCAUGAGACACGCCACUUCAUCUACUUCUACUUGGGACAGGUGGCCAUCUUGCUCUUCAAGAGCGGUUAGACCCAACAUUGGGGCACUCACACCAUACCGAUACGUUCCAUAUUCGAUCGGAAAACGAGCCCCAACUAACCUGAAAAAAAUGAAUCAAAUAAAACACAUUCUGGAUGAGGCGAACACAAACAUAUGAAAUAUAACUGUUUAAAUUACAAUUCAUAAUUCUCCCAAAAAUGGUCUUUUUGUAAAACAAAAUUCCAUAAAUUUCUGUGAAAUUGAACACAUUUCAAAUUAUAAUAAAGGAUUUUUUGUUGAAAGGGAAAAAGUCGUUAAUGUAUUUAUUUAUUUAUCGCAAAAA